CAGCCAUAACGAAGCUAGAAGCAUCAACACAGGCAGCCAAGGUGGAAGCACCAAGAGACAAGCCCACGGGCUCUAGUGGAGGCAUUCAAUGCUUCAAAUGUCAUGGAAGAGGGCAUAUGGACAACCAAUGCCCUAAUCGAAGAGCUCUAGUCCUACUAGAGAAUGGGCAAUAUGUCUCGGAUUCCGAAGAAGAGGAGCACGCGAGGGAGACAUUAGAAUCUGAAGUUGACGAAUCAAUAAAAAUGGAGCCCCCUCCUGGAAGUUUGCUUGUCACGGGAAGAAUGCUAAGCGUGCAACCCAAAGAAGACCUCGAGCAAAGGGAGAACCUGUUUCACACGAGAUGUGUAGUGGAUGGGAAGCUGCUCGCCGUGGUGAUUGAUGGCGGAAGUUGCACUAACGCUAUUAGUACCAUAGCGGUUAGCAAACUGGGAUUGAGCACAAUCAAGCAUCCCAAACCCUACAAGCUUCAAUGGCUCAACGAGGAUGGUUCAAUUAAAGUGGCAAGGCAAACUCUUCUUAAAUUUGCCAUUGGAGGAUAUAAGGAGAAGUUCUGUGCGACGUAGUACCUAUGCAAGCUACACACGUCCUACUUGGAAGGCCAUGGCAGUUCGAUAGAAGCGCGCAACAUGAUGGAGUCUCCAACAAGUAUCAAGUGUUACAUAAUGGAAAGAAAAUCAUGUUAAAGCCCUUGACUCCCAACGAAGUAUAUGAGGAUCAACGACAACUCCAAAGAAACCGGGAGAAAGAAGCUAUUGUCGUGGAACAGAAGCAAGGAGGAGAAGAUUGCAAGACUUUGAUGCUAGCACGUAGUGAAGAUGUGAAGCCAGCAAUUAAUGAGUCAUCACCUACUCAAGUUGAUUUUGUCACGGGAGAAGCCCUACAACAACAUCAAAUUUCGUCCCAAGACAUAAUCAACGCCUCAAAUACUC